ACCCAAGCUCUUUCAUAUCAACUCCUCCCUGGGAAAAUCUCGUAUACAGGUCUUUGUUAAAUUUUCUGCUAUAUAGAGAGAAUUCCCACACAUACUUUCAGAUCAUAUAACAGAAAUGAAGCCUGUUUUUGCAGCUAUUUUUCUUCUGUGCCUUGUUUUCAGUUCCUCUUUGUUUGAGGUCACAAUGGCUGCCUCGGGAUUCUGUGACUCGAAGUGCUCAGUGAGGUGCUCCAAAGCAGGAAUUAAAGACCGGUGCUUGAAGUACUGUGGGAUUUGCUGUGAAAAGUGCAAGUGCGUGCCAUCUGGGACUUAUGGGAACAAGCACGAGUGCCCUUGCUACAGGGACAUGAAGAACUCCAAGGGCAAACCCAAGUGCCCUUGAUGUUGUAUAAUGAUGCCGAGUGUUACAGAUGUAUGUCUGCAUGUUGAGCUGGGUCGUAAAACUACUAGUAAUUAGGUCGUCGCUAGAAUAUCAAUCAGCUGGGAAAAUAACGUGGAUGAUCUGUGUCUAUUCCGGUAAUUGCCACCGGAAUACCCUACAACCUGAAUACCGUUCCGGUUAAAUUAGCAGUAUUAUUCAUAAUAAAAAUAAUAAUCUAUAUUUAUAAAA